UUCAAAACCGCUUUCUUUUCUGUUCAUUCACUGCAAAUGGGGGAGCCAUGCCAAAAAUAUUGGUUCUCUGAUAUGGAUAUACAAGAUUUUGAUUUCUUUAACCAAAGCCACAACAAGAUUGAGUCACUGGAUGAUGAGGAUCAGAUCUUUCAGGAGAUCAUGCAUCGACCAGCUUUCUCUUCUGACAGUGAAACUCACUCUCCCAAAGUUCAAAGCAAAUCAACCUACGGUGGCAGUGAUUACACAGCCCUCACAAGCAGCAAGAGCAGCAACCUUGUGAUGAAGACCAACAGCUCCAAUAAUUUCCUCUUCUCAUCACAACUUGCACCAGAGAAACCUGCCACUGCCAUUUCUCCAACUGCGUACAUUCUAUCUUUCAAUGACUCCACCGUAGUUGCGGCUACCUGCCAAACCUACGAUGGAAAACAGCCGUACCAAGAGGAUGCAGUUGCAGGGAGUGGUGGCGCGUGUCUUCCCUCAAAAGGGGUCUCAGAAAAACAUGAAAUUGAACCUAAGACCAACUCAGCAACAAGAAAAGGUAGAAGUUCUGCAGAGACACUAGACCAUAUAAUGACUGAGAGAAAAAGGAGACGGGAACUGACAGAGAGAUUCAUUGCACUUUCAGCCACCAUACCUGGUUUGAAGAAGAUUGACAAGGCCACCAUACUUUGCGAAGCAAUCACUUAUGUGAAACGACUUAAAGAACGUGUAAGAGAGCUAGAAGAACAAUGUAAGAGGACAAGGGUAGAGUCAGUGUCAUUUGUUCAUCAGAGAUCCAACAUUAUUUCUACUGAUAAAGGCACAACCUCAGGUGCAACGAAAUCUGAUGAAUGCUAUAAAACCAAUGAAGCACUCCCUACAGUGGAAGCAAGAGUGUUUAAAAAGGAUGUACUGAUCCGGAUUCACUGCAAGAUACAACAUGGCAUUUUGAUAAAAAUUUUGGAUUAUCUUAAUAAUCUUGAUCUCUCCACAACCAGCAACAGUGUAAUGCCAUUUGGAAGUUCCACUCUUGACAUCAGCAUUGUUGCUCAGAUGGGUGAAAAAUUCAACGCAACAAUGAAUGAUCUAGUGAAAAACCUGAGACUGGUUCUGUUGCAGUCAUCUGAAGUUCAAAAAUGAUCCAUGCUAGUGAAUCAAUGAUCAAAGGAGUCUGAUGAUCACAAACUUCUUCUUGUUAGCUCUCUGUGUGGGUUUGAUCUAAAUUCUGGAAUUAGGUUAUGUCUUGUUAUUCAUGAGGGAGAGUCUAUUACUGCUUGAUGAAUACAAUGAUUAUGAUUUCAUGCAUGAUACUUUCAAAUAUAUAUAGAUGACACCAUAUUUAUAUAGACGAUCGCUACGUUUUCUCUUGUAUGAAUUAGAUCAUCUAGCUGCAACUUGCAAGAUAGCUAGGUUUGUUGGUCUCAGUUUGGUGAACUUAUUGUCCUCUCAGAUUAUUUUUGGAAUAAAG